AACAAACCCCGCGUUGAUUGGUCGAAAGAAACGCUGCCACUGGAUUAGAGGAUUUUGUUUAUUCCGGAAGUAUGACUGUGCUCUGGUGAGAAUCGGCACAUUAUACAGACGGAACUGGUAUUCAUAUCAGCGAUCAGUCUGUCCUGUGUGUCCGCAGUUGCAGGGUCCCUGACAGCUUCUGCCUGUUCCUGGAGCCGCUGCAUUCAGCACAGAAGGAAGGAUGGCGUCCUACUUUGACGAGCACAACUGCGAGCCCACCAACCCGGAGGAGCAGUACCGCCAGAAUGCUUUGCUGGAGCUGGCCAGGUCUCUGAUGCAAGGCAUGGACAUUGACCUGGGUCCAUUUGACAUGUCAGAGUGGGACCAGCGCCUACCGCCUCCUGCCGCCCGAGCCGUGGUACAGAACCUCCCCAUGGUCGUUAUCACCUUUGAGCAAGCAGACAGAGGUCUGAAAUGCCCUGUGUGUUUGCUGGAGUUUGAGGAAGAUGAGACCGUGAGGAAGAUGCCUUGUGAACACCUUUUUCAUUCCAGCUGCAUCCUGCCAUGGCUGGGAAAGACGAACUCCUGUCCUCUCUGUCGCCUCGAGCUGCCGACAGACAACCAGGAGUAUGAGGAGUUCCGGAAAGACAAGGAGCGAAGAAAGCAGAUGGAGCACAGACUGGAGAAUUUGCAUGGAGCCAUGUACACUUAGGGAGAGCCCCAGUGACAACGAGAUAGUCUUUAUGAUCUAGUAUCUUGGUGAUUUCUGUUUUUUUUUUUAAAUCAUGGGAUUCCAGCUGGGGUUUGGGAAUAUUUUUGUUGAGUUUGUGAUGCUUAUAAUGAUAUUUUAAAAUUCUUUUAGAAGGACCAAAUAAACUGAAUAUUAGGACUACUUCUAUCAAUACUUUUACUAUAAAUGAGUUCUACAGGAAAUCUUGACUUAAAUGAAUGUACAGUGUAUAUAACCUGUUAAAUAAAAUGUUGAUAUUAAGUAAGUUUGCAGUAAGUUAGAGGAACGGGAUAUUUAUUACCAUGUGAAGUUAUGUAUAAUCUGAGCUUUGCCUCAAUCAUUUUCCAUCAAAUGCUGCACAGUUCUUUGGGUAUUUGUAGGAAUAAAUUUUUUUUUGGUAUGUUUUAUAUGCACUGUUGAUUUGGGGGAUCAGGACUCAGAAGGUCACUUGUUCGAAUCCUGGGGCUGGCAGACCAAUGCCUUUGUUGGGACCCUGAGUAAGGCCCCAGUUGCUCCAGGGGCACUGCACACUGGCUGAAUCUGUGCUGUGACCCCCCCAGCUUGCUCUCAACUGUAAAUGUGUCACGCAGAGAGCAAGAUGUGAUAGGCGAAGAGAGAAUUCCCCCAUGAUGGUGAAUAAAGUAUCACUAUUCUGUUGUAUUAUAUUAAAACAGUAUAGCAGUAUAUACACCAGUGUAACCAUUCAAGUGGCCACACUGUGCCAGUUCACUGUCAUCUGUGUAGUUUGUUGACUGGGGGGGGGCUUGGCGAGUCAUGCUGACCGGGCCGGGUGCAUUUCAUUAUUCACAGCCUGUUUUAGCCUAUUGCCUGUCAGUCGCUGUACUAGUUCUCACAUAGUAAAAGCAGGCAGUGAUGAACCGCCAAAGGUAACUAACUGCCCCUGGGUUUUAAAGGGUUUUAAGGGUUAAGGGUUUUAAAGGCUCAUUUCUGCCAACUAAGGAGCUCAGGUUGGAUCCUGGAGCUCACCAAAAACAGGUGGGGAGGAAAGGAGUGCUGAGAGAGCAGAGUAUAGUUUUGGGGACAGCAUGUACAGUGAUAAAGGGCAGUGAAUGGGCAGUGGGGUUACCGUGGUUAUUUGCCACACUCACCAAUUGGCUGUUGCUCUCUACGGCUUCCAAACACAGGUCAGCAUGUGAACUAUUCACCUCUGGUCUUAUGUAUGAGUCCGAUCCCUUGAUAUGCUUGGACGAGAUUAAAAUCAUUGAGUAACUGAAGGUUUCCCAGUCGGAAAUGUCACCCAUUUUCUGUCGUAAAUAAGUGGGUGUAAAACAACAGAAUAAAACUCAGCAACUGUAAA